AGGUUUACCUGCAUUUCUUUUCCUGCAAAACUUCUGCGAGAAGCUUCAUUGUGCAUUUUCUUGCUCGUGAACUGCGGUAACAACUGGGGAUCUCUACAUCAAAUCUUUCGAAACCGAAAUCAGAGUUUGAAAAAAUGUCAUCAGAAAGAUCACAGAGUAUAGUAGAGAGUGAGGUGGAGCCCCUGGACUAUGGGGGUAUGGACUCAGAGAGUAGUCCAUCUCCAACCAGUUCGGAGGAAACAGUGGAGGGGGUGAGAGGAGAUGAGGUGGUGGAAGUUGGGGGAGAAGAGGUGGUAGAGGUGGGGAGAAUUGAGGGAGGAAGGGUUGAAGUAGAUAGUUUACCCAUCACCGUAGUAGAAGUAGAGGGUAAUGGGGAGAGAGGUUAUGAUUGGAAUGCAGAGGUAGUGGAGGAAGUGAAGCAGUACCGAUCUGAACUAAGGACCAGGGAUGACCUGUGUCGCUUAGUAGAAACGUACGAGAUCUCUUCUCGGGUAUUAGUUAGGCUGGCUGGGGCAGAGGAGAGGGCGUGCUCUGCUCCUCAGGAUCACUGGAUGCCUGUGUAUUCCCACUAUUUAGUGGCGGGACUCAGGUUUCCACUUCCUGAGUUGCUGAUAGGUUUACUGUUAGAUUACAACAUAGGGUUGACACAGUUGGUCCCCAACGCAAUGAGGGGGGGUAACAGGAGAGAUAAGGGGUGGUAUUACUUCACCCCAAGGGUAGCUAAUAAGGAGGGUAGAAUUUUGUUUACUGCGGGUCCUUCAUCCAUUAAGGGAUGGAAGGAAAAAUUCUUUUUUGUAGAUGACACUGAGUGGGGGAAAGGGGAUGCCGAGGUGAGGGCGUUAGCCUCCUGGAAGGCCAAAAGGGCCAACCAGAAUAAGUUUAGUUUAAAUAGGGAUGAAGAGGAAGAGGUGGGGAGGUUGGUGAGGGAGAAGGGGGAUGUAUUGAAUAUUGUAGACCUCACCAGCGCAACAUGCAUAGAGGCUGCUGAGCUCUAUGGGCCCAGCGCUCUGAGUGAAGCUGACAUGGAUCAAUUUUUGAGCACUGCUGGAGGGAAGGCCAUCCCCAAGAAGCCAAGGAAGAAGUCACGGACUUCGGCCAAGCAAGUGGAUGAGGGGAGGGUUGGGAAGGAGGUGGUAUCCUUAGCAUCAGCUGAGGUGGAGGAGGAGGUGCCACCCUUGAAGAGGAAGGGUUGGGAGGAGAGGAGGGCAGUGGAGAAGAGGCAGAAGGUGGUAGAGGAGGAGGUAAGUGGGGUGCCUGAGUUCGUACCUCAGCCUCCUCCUGUUGAGCUGAACCCCGAGCUCAGACAGUUGGAGGAGGGGGCUGAGGUACGGGCUCCUGGUAAGGGGAAGGGUCCUGUUACCUCAGCGGUGUCUCAGAGCAGCCUGUUCGAGGCGAAGAACAUGAUGGGGGCUAGGUGGUUUAUCAACAACACCUUCCCCGAAGUGGACAAGCGCCACGCGCGAGAGGAGGCUCUGAGGUAUGGAGGGGCUUCUGUGGUGAAGCACGCCCUUGAGAGCGCGAGCUGGAUGUAUGGUCUAGCCCAGGAGUUCAGGGAGGGUGUAAAGGAGCGCGCGCUCUUGCAGAGGCAGUGUGACCAGCUGCAGAAGGAGAAGGAAGCGCUGGAGAAGAAGAAUAAGGAGAUGCAAGUGUCUCUGAAUGAGGUGGUUCCAGCUAUGAAGCAGUUGGAACAGGAGAGGGCUUUUCUGGGCACUAAGCUCGGCUUUGAAGAGACCAAGCGAAAGAUUUCUGAAAACGAGCAAAUAAAGAAGAUCACUGGAAGUUUCAAGAAUAAAUUAGGUCAAGGAGGUUAUGGUUCGGUUUUCAAAGGGAAACUUCGAAGUGGCCAUUUUGUAGCAAUAAAAUUACUAAGCACAUCAAAAGGUAAUGGCCAAGAUUUCAUCAAUGAAGUUGCUACCAUGGGAAGGAUUCAUCAUGCUAAUGUCAUGCAACUGAUUGGAUUUUGUGUUGAAGGAUCUAAGCAAGCCUUAGUAUAUGACUUCAUGCCCAAUGGGUCUUUGGACAAAGUCAUAUUUUCAACCCAAAGCAAUACGUCUUUAAGUUGGCAAAAAAUGUUCGAGAUUGCUCUUGGGGUGGGUAGGGGGAUUGAAUACUUGCAUAGGGGAUGUGAAAUGCAAAUUUUAUAUUUUGACAUCAAGCCUCACAAUAUCCUUUUGGAUGACAAUUUUAAUCCAAAAGUUUCUGACUUUGGCCUUGCAAAAUUGUAUCCUAUAGAUGAUAGUUUUGUAUCUCUCACAGCAGCAAGAGGAACACCAGGAUAUAUUGCUCCAGAGUUAUUCUACAAGAAUAUUGGAGGUGUCUCAUACAAGGCUGAUGUGUAUAGUUUUGGAAUGUUGUUGAUGGAAAUGGUAGGAAAAAGAAGGAACUUUAAAGAAUUUGUUGACCAAUCAAGUGAGGUAUACUUCCUAACAUGGAUUUAUGACCAAUUUGAUCGAGGCGAGGAUAUAGAUUUGGGAGAUGUUACAAAUGUUGAAAAGAAUAUUGUGAAGAAGAUGGUCAUAGUUGCUUUAUGGUGCAUAUAGAUGAAACCUGUCAUUCGCCCUUCAAUGACCAAGGUCUUGGAGAUGCUUGAGAGUGAAAUUGAGCUCCCGACAAUGCCUCCUAGGCCUUGUUUAUUUCCCUCUGAAUUGCCAACUGCAAAUCAUGCUAGUAUAAGUCUAGCGGCCAUGCCAACAAUAUCUCUUGACGCAAGAACUUAAUGGUCUCAACCAAAUGUAUUAUUAGGUAAAUUUUACUCUUAGCAAGUGCUGCUUAUAUGCCAAUAUCCAACAUUGUAGACUUAGAAAAUGGCCAC